AUGUAUGUCAAUCGACAAAGCAAUCGUGGCUCAAGCUCUACACCAGGGCGAGGAGCGGGACGAGGCUAUUUUGCAAGAGGCAGAUCCAACUUCAGAGGAAGACCGGUUGAAGUACCACGCGCUGCUUCACCGCCUCUGGGCGAGAUCCUGGAAAGAGUCCAGACCCAUGAAACCGAUCUCAUUGAAUUCAGUGACAGUGAAGAUGAAAAUGACAACAAAGAGCAGGAACAUUCUGCUUCUCUCAAGAUUGUGAACUGCAAAGACGUUGCAACGUUUAACUGGAUGAAUAAAGCGACCCCCACUAUUUUAGUCCCUGGUAAACCACCAGCCUGGACACCUCUACACUCACCUAGACGACUGCCCGAAGACGGCGGGGCCUACUUCCGCGACAAGAACGCGGCCCAGUAUCCCUCGCGACCAAUCGAACCAGCCGUGCAAGCACUUCUGACACUGAACCCAAACUUUCCCACGUCAUCCAUUGACAUAUUCGCGUGCAAUAGCACAUUGGGCAACCUCCUACGGCAUGUCUUCAACCGGGUCGAACGGCCCUUUCGCUUCCUUGUCGAGGCGGUUGGCAAUACCGUCUUUUUCGUCCGGCGAGAAAAUUCCCCGACACAACUGAUCGAUGCGGUGCGCGGGUUUGGACAUACUUUUCCCGAGGCAUAUACCACUUGGGAGUCAGAUGUCAGGGGAUCAGACACCCAUCAGCGUAUCGUGCAGUAUGAGUUUGGUGGGCUCAACUUCCUGGUCCGGUUUGCCGCCGAUGGGUAUUAUAAAGAUUUGGUGCCGAAUGAUACCACGCCUGGAAGCAAGCUUUCCGACAGUCCUAAGCCGACGGACGAAAGUAGUAUCGAUGAUACGCUGGCAUUGGCUUUGGGUGAGAGUACGAUAGCAUCGCGUCUGUCGACUUCUAUUACAUUAUCAUCAUCGUCUUCCUCGCCGUCGUUGUCGUUGUCGUCGUCUUCCUCGCCGUCAUCAACAUCAUCACCCCAAGUACAAAAAGAACAAAAAUUGACGAUCCUUCAAGACGGCUCACAAUUAAUCCCACGAGCCGCCGUCUUCGACAUCAAAACCCGCUCAGUGCGCAAGAAAGACACUGGCAUUCUGGCAGGCGAGCUGCCCCGGCUGUGGGCGGCGCAGAAUCCAAAUUUCGUUUUAGCAUACCAUCAAUCCGGCCUCUUUGAAGACAUUGAAGAGACUGACAUCCGUGACGACAUUCAGCGGUGGGAGCGCAGGAACGAAGACGCGCUUCGUACAUACGCGGACCUCCUGAAGAAGAUUAUUACUUUUGCACGGGCCCGGAAAGACGGCAAGUUUGAAGUUGUCUGUAGCGCAGUUGACGGUCUUGUGUUCCGCGAGCAGGGCGGCGACGACGUGAGUAGUACGCUUUCAUCAGCGGUUCAGGACCGAUGGCUGGGGAAAAAGCACCCAGUAAAGGAAUGAUAUAUUUACGUUGUUUACUUUGAUGUCUCACCAUCUCACCCGGAGGCGGGAGGGGGGAAGGCCGCGGAGGAAUUUCGAAUUUCGAGUUGAAAAUCCAAUUCUUUAUCAUAAUAUAGCUUGGCUGUGAGAGCAGCCAAGUAGCGACCUGGU